AUGGAAGAGGCUUUCUACACAAUCAAUCAGUAUAUGGUGACCGCAGACACGGCAGUCUAUGUUAUCUUGACGAUACAUUGGAACCUCUGCAUAGGAACCAUAGCCUCAUAUCCGGAUGCGCAUCCCACUGUCAAGUCUAUACUCCAAGAACUGCAGGAAUUCAAGUCUGUGGGGGAAUUCAUGCUCAGUGAAGUAGGCCAUGGCCUUGAUGCACGAAAUAUUGAGACCACUGCCACCAUGAAUUCAGAUGGGUCCUUCGACUUGCACACGCCAGUCUCCCGCGCAGCAAAGAUCAUGCCUCCCACUACCCUACUAGCCGGAAUGCCCCGUCUGGCUGUUGUAUUCGCACAACUUACCGCCGAUGGUGUAAAUCGUGGUGUUCGUCCUUUUAUUGUCCGGAUCAAUCAGGACGACGGGACUAUGUCUCCUGGUGUCAUUUCGAGACUCUUACCCUCGCGUCCAGGUCCCAAACCUGUUGAUCACGCCGUCACCACAUUCCACCAUGUGUACCUUGAGCCUUGGGUACUUUUGGAAGAUGCUUCAAGUUCUGACAACCCCCGCAAAGAGUUCUCAAGACAUACUCAGCGCGUAACAACAGGUACAUUGUCAUCAUCAAUGGGGAACAUACCAGUAUUACGUCUGAUAGCGUUCAUUGCGGGCUGA